GAUAAUUUUUGCUCACAGUAUAAACAUUUAUUUUGAGUAUAACAUACUAGCAAACUUUAAAUUAUUAUAUUUUGAGUUUUUUCUAUUUUAAUUAAUAUGUGUCGUUAUUAUUUAUUUUUAUCUUUGGAUUUUUACAAUAAUUUACUAAAUAAAUCCGGCCCCCCGAACUUUCAAUCCUGGCUCCGCCCCUGUGGUAUAUGAUCCAGUAUAAUCUUCUCCCAAUAACUCGAGUUAUUGGGACCAACUGGUUCUUGACACGGUGGUGUUAUUUUAUGAUAUCAUCGGCCGGCGGCCAGUUCCGAUCACUAGCUUGUCUUUUGACCAUAGCCAUUCUUUUGAGAAUAAUGGCCUUUCCCACUCAAUCAUGUAGCCACGUGAUGCAUGCAUGGUUUGUCAUUAUAUGUUGCACGUACGGCUGAUACAAGUACCAAGCCAAACGACGUCGUGUUGGCCUUUGAUAAAGUAGUCGAGUAAUUAAUGUUGUUGAUGAAUAUAUACAACGUUGGAGUUGGACAUCUUGUGUCCGGUUAGGCGGCGGAAGUACGAUAAUCAUAUCAAGUAUUACCGCUGGCAGACACCAAAGUUCCUGCAAAAUGAAAGAGUUGGAGUUUACGGUGGUUUCCACUGGUUUUGAGCCGGUGCAAUCGUGAUUUCGGUUUGAAACGACCACAAAUUGUGAACCCAUGUACAUGUUACACCGCUAGUUUGUCGAUGCGAUUUAGCUCGAGUGCAUACGCAGGUCGAUACGAUUUGGUAUGCUCACCCUAUUCAUGGAGUAGAUGGGGGAAAUUAUGUCACACACAAGCCUAACAGUCGAUUUUGGGGAAAAGGUUGUCAAUCGAAUAACCCAUCACAGAUAUGCCCUACGUUUGGCCCGGCUUUCAGAAGUGCUUUUCGGCUUCAAAAGCUGAAGCAGGGCCAAACACCUCUAAAAGCUCGGCUUUCGAAAAACCGAAAAGCGCUUUUGUAUAACAUAAAAGCAGAAGCUCCGAUUUGGAGCUUCUGCGAAAAAGCUGUUUUGAAAAUACAAGAUUAUCCUUACCAUAUUUUAAUUUUAUUUCAGAAAAUACAAUUUUCCUUCGUUUAUAUCAUUUUAAAAAUAAAAUGAAUUAUAAAAUCAUAUUAUUUAAUAUAAAAGAAAUCUAACAAGAUCCAUUUUGACUAAUUUUUAUUGUUUAGAAUUUUUAUUUUUAUUUUAUAUUAUAAGUCCUUUAUAGUCAUUUUACACAACCGCUCAUAUUAAAAAGCACUUCUAAUAAUUUUAUAGCCAAACACUGAACUGUUUUUUCUGAAAAGUACUUAUCUAAAAGCUCUAGUCAGAAACUGCUUCUGCAAAAACUACAGCAGAGUCAAACUAAGCUAUGCAAUUGAUCAAACCAAAGUCAUCUUUCUCAAUUCAGGCCUAUCCCCUAUUGGAGGCCCAAAGAGUUUGGAUUUAGAGGAUGAUUCAGUUGUUGAGGAGGAUGUGGGAAGUGAGUUGGGAACUUGGUAUAUUGGACCAUCAGUGGAAAGUGGGAAAAAGGCUCGGGCCAUGAGUUUGGAACAAAGGUACGCGUCUAAGCGUCAGGGAGGACCUAAUUUUGGGCCAUGAGAUUGUUAGUACUUUCGAACAAAAGGAGUACUACUACCUAGGCCUGCAAAUGGGCUAAGCUACUCGCGAGCAACUCGAGGAUCGAAUCGGGAAAAACUCGUUCGAAACUCGAUUCGUUUAUUGACGAGCCAAGAUUGAGCCUAGCUAUGUUCAGCUCGUGAAGCUCGCGAGCUAGCCCGAAUCGGUGGCUUGUUGAGCUUAACUCGUGAAUUGGCUCAUUUAGAGCUCAUGAGAUGUCUCAACAUUGUGGUUUGAGCGCCAACUUGAUCACUGACUUAUGGACUAAUCGAUCUAAUUUGGACUUUCAUAAUUCAUAGGAUUGUUAAAUUAUAUAUCUCACAUCAUGUGAAGUUUAACAUGUUGAACAUGUAAGAAAAUAUGCCUUAUUUUUAAUUCUAUAAAGAAAUUAUGUACAAAAUUGUUUCGAUACUAUGAAAUAACAUGAUUUGAACUAGUUAAAAUUUAUUAACUAAACAAUAUGACACCUAAAAAUUAUAAUAUAAGAUUAAUUAAUGUUGAUUAUUUUUUUAUCGCUACAUCAAUCACAUGUACCAUACACGACAUACAAAAUGAAUGUGUUAAAUACGAUCUAAGAAUUUAGUAAACAAGCCUAGCUCGAACUCGACUCGGCUCGUUAAUAAAUGGCUCGGGCUCGAGCUCAGCUCAUUUGUUAACGAGUCAAGCUCAAACUGGGGUAAAACUCGGCUCAGCUCGGCUCAUUUGCAGCCCUACGGCUACUACUACCUUCUCCUUUCUUUCUGGUGAAAUAAAAUUGCUUAUUAUUAAAAAAAAAGUCAAUAGUAUUACAUGUUGAAGAGUUGCUCGGUCUUAUAAAAGAAAUAUUUGGGAUUGCUUGGUCUUUUAAAAACAAUUUAAUUAAAAAUAAUAUUCACUUUAUUCUAAAUAAAUAUCAAUAAUAUUACAUGUUGAUGAGUUGACCGAUCUUAAUGUAUUUUUCAAGGAACGGCUCGGUCUUAGAAUAUUGAUAUACUUUCAGACAUAAUAAUAGUCUAAUACUAGUUGGUAGUCUUUGUAUAUGCAAUAUGUUUCUUUCGAUUUAAUAUACACAACGACUUAUGAAUUAACUGCAUACUCCUUUCUAUUUAACAAUAUACAAUGACUUAUGAAUUAGUAACAGUUCAUUUCGCUGCAAUACAAUAAUAAUGUUGACUUGGGGAUGUCGAAGUCACCAAUGAUAAUCAAUAAACUAAAAGGACUAACCCAUCAACAACCCAACAAAUUAUUAUUCAUAACAACUGAAAGAAAAUAGACAAAUCAUUGAAGAACUGGUUCAACUAUGAUGUAAAUACGAAAUUGUGCACAGGUAUACAAAGACCGCAAAUAUGUGGAUGGGGUUGCAAAACAUUUUUCACACGAGUAUGAGAAUGCGGUUGAUUUCAAGGAGCUUGCUUCAUUCUCGUCCUUAUUUAUAUGUUUUUUUUUUUUGCUAAAGGUAGAAACAAUGUAGGUAGGAAUAACGUUCAAGACCUUUGUGUUAGUAAUUAAAUGGUAUAUGAUUCAAAAUUGAAUCUCUUGCAACAAUUCGAAUUAUUGGGAUCAAUGAAUUUUUGACAUGAUAUCAAAACUGGUUUGGCCGAGAGAUCUUGUAUUUAAUCACAUGAUGUGCGGACCAGAUUGUUGCUCACCAUGUGUUUCACUAGGUCAAUAGCAAUUAAUUAGUCAAUUAACCGAUGAUACACACAUCUAUCUAUAAAUAGAGAGAAAUGAAAUCAACACAUCACAUCUCAAUCCGACCUUCAUAUCCAAUAAGAGAGAAGAAUGGCGCCUGCGACGACAUUGCCAAAGUUCGCGGUGUUCAAGAGCGGGGCGAAUAAAUACAUGACCUACGUGGCCGACGACGCAUCGGAGAAAUGCGUGGCGGUCCGGCCCAACGAGGCCUGGAGCCCGCGCUGCAAGUUCGAGGUGGUGCCAUCAACUGUUCACCCGACCAUGGUCCACAUCCGGUGCAGCUACAACAACAGGUUCCUCCAGCGACUGUCGGAGGCAAAGAGGUGGAUCGCGGCUCUGGCCCUCGAGCCGGAGGACAACCAGACCCUCUGGUCGUCCACGUUGUUCCAACCCGAGUUCGCGCCCAACGACCCCAUGGGGAUGGUCCGGCUGCUUCACGUCCAGCUGGGCCGCUACGCGCACUGGCACGACAACGCCAACAAGUACGUGACCGCGGAGGAGUGGAACCCCGCGGACCCCAAGACCCCGUUCCAGGUCAUCGACUGGGGAACUCUGGUCACGCUGCCUAAACACCUCGCUUUCAGAGGCGACAACAGGUUACUCCUCGGCCUCCGGGCUGGAGUACAGGUGUUGCAGUUCGCGUUUAGCGACGAGAAAGAUGAAACCGUCGCCAACCAGAUUGUCCCGCAACCCGAUGGAACUUUCCGCAUCAAGAACGUCUCCCGCAAAGCGUUCUGGAGGGCGAAUACUCCGAGCGGAUAUCAACACACAUACAUUUGGGCCGAUGACGUCACCACUGCUGACAAUCACACCUUGCAUUCUUCUUUUGCGGCGGUUAAGGUGAACGACAGGACCGUUGCUCUCCGCAACCUGGGGAACAACCUCUUCACCCGGCGAUACAGUUACCAAAUAACAGAUGGUCUGACCACCAUCGACUCCCAAAUCACGGCGGUCAACCACCUGGAGCUCGUUGAGCUCGUCGCCUCCAGGAGGAUCAAGAACAUCAAGUUCCACCUCGGCGAGAGCUGGGUCCACGACGAGACGCCGAACGUGGUGCUCAACGAAGGAGAAGAGGUGAGGAACGAGACCGACGAGACCCAGGAUAUCGAGGUGGAAAUCUCGUACCUCGACAAGACGAGCAGCACGUGGAUGUCGACGAGCUCGUCGUUUAAAGUGGGGCCCGCGGUCAGGGUCCAGCCUCCCCAGAUCCCGUACGUGACGGACUCGUCCGUCGUCGAGAUGACAAGUCCGUUCGCGCCGUCUUACGUCUGGGGAGAGACCACGGCCGAGAACCCUGACCAGGUGAAAGUCCACGAGGUCACGCUGCCUCCGUGGACGAUGGUGACGGUCAAGCUAUUGGCGACGAAGGCGACUUGCGAUGUUCCGUUGACUUACACGCGUUAUGAUAAGGUGAAGGGGAGGGAGGAGGUUCAUAUCAUGGAGGAUGGUCUCUACACGGGAACGAACUACUUCGACUUCACGUUCGAAGAGUCGCUCCCGCAACCGAUCCCCAAGGAGGACGAAUAGAUCGAGUUUCUGAGAGUGACAUAUAUGGAUUGAUUUUAUAUUUAUUGUUAAGUGCUACUUGACGAAUUAGAAUGUGCGAUUACUGUGUUGAAGACCAGUGGCGAUUGAACCGGUAGAUGAUCGAGUUAUUUCUUGGUUGUUUCUUGUUUUACUUUACUUUUCAAUAACGAGCUACAUGUACCUCGCUGUAGCUCAGUGUUUCACUUCCUCUGUUCAUGGUUGCGGUAAUGUAACAUUCCGAAUUCCAGAUAUUUGGUGUUUUUUUCCCUUCUUCUUCUUUCCUUGAUACAUUGAGCUUCUACAAACUGAAAUCUCACGAUUAAAUAGUCUUUCCUUGAAGGGCGUGUAAGAGAAAACAAAUGACAUGUAAGAACUUAUACAAUCUCUUUCUAACAACUCGAAUUAUUAUAACUAAAGGGACACCAAUUUAUUUGUUCACGUUGACUUUUUUCCCGUCAAAUGAAAGUUUUGAAAAGCUAUGUUUUGUGGAAAACAGAACAAUCCAAGAGAAGUAAAAAAAAAAAAAAAAGACAGUGAAGAAGUUAAAUUCAAAUCUGACUUGAUUCUCAAAAAGAGACAUUGAAGAAGUAAAAAAAAAAAAGACAUUUAAGAUGUUGCGCUAUGAAGCCACUAGUUCAUAUGUAAUCCAAAAUCACAAGUCAUUCAUUAUUAUAUAAUUAAUCUACAAAACUGGUAUUUAAUAAAUCAUUGUGCAUAAUAAACUUUCUGAUUCGCCCCACAUAUGGCAGGUGAUCCAUUGCAAGUUGCAACCCUUGACUUAGCUCGGAAUAAACACAUAAAAAAUCGUAGUCUUUGUAUAUUGUGAAUGAUAUUUUAACCCCCAAUCUCAAUAUAUUAUAAUUACCCAAAAUUUCCUUAUCUCCAUAUCUUGCAACCACCACUAGUUAUGCGAAUCAAAUUUAUUUUAUGACUCGUCCCGCCGCUGUUUGAGUCACUUGUGCCAAACGCCUCGAGUUAUUGGGACCAAGUGGUUAGUUCGCGAAUAUGGUAUCAGAGUCUAGAACCGAAAGGUCAUGGUUUCGAAUCCUCAUAACGACCCCCAUUUCAUGCCAAUUCGUUUAGCACAAGGAAUGGUAUGUCCAACCUGUGCAAACUAAAGCCUCGUGGUUUGGCAGCACAAGGGUUCAACCUGUGCAAACCGUUAAAAUCCACAUUUUGGCAUCGACUUUCGUUUGAGGGGGCGUAUAAGAGGUUAAAAAGUUUAACUAUCCAUUUCCCAACAACUCGAGUUAUUGGGACCAAGUGGUUAGUUCACUUACAAAUGGGCUCUAUCUCGGUCUUCUCAUUGGCAGGAGACUGAGAAUGAUGAUAAAACUGUUGCACUCCGAUUCGUGAUUGAAGAUUGAGGAGAUGAGUCCGUCACCAACGAGGUUGUGGCUAUGUCGGAUGGAACCGUUCGCAUCCCUCGUGGCUUACUGGAGGCGAAACGCUGAUGCAGCGGACUACAUAUGGGAUGAUGAUGAUGAUCUCACCACUCCCGACUCGAAUUCUCUGUUUCGGGCAAUUAAGGUCCGUUAAUCGUCUACUAUUUUUUGUUUUAGAGUUUAUCUACGUUUAUAUGACUAAAUAAAUCAAUGAAUCUUAU